AUGGCCAAUAUCCAGAUGCGUCUCACUUUCAUCCUCUCGGCCGUGAUAGCGGCCUAUCUUCGUGGCCAAAGUCAUGGAGACCGUGAUUCCAGCAGCAUGAUUAGCGAUUCUGGCGUUUCGCCGAAUGCCGUCUUAGAAGGACGUGCCCUCGGCGAGGCGGGUGAUUUACAUCGAAAGCUACUUGAUUCCACCAAACCUCUAGGCCCUAUACCAUAUUGUCCAGUCGGGGAGGUGAAUGUCCACCUACCAGUUGUUUUUGUCCCAUUGGGAGCUGUGAUUGUCCCAUCGAAGGUUGUCACCAUACGUCGAUUACCCCUCCGUAUGAUUGCACCACAGGAAGAAAUGUUAGAGCAUCAACAAUUGGUGUAA